GGCGGGCCUUGUCUGCUUUCAAUCAAUAACCUGUGGAAUUCAGAAAUACAAGAAGGUCCUGUCUCUGGCAGGCUGUACCACAGUCAGGAGGGCGGGCUCCCACGCAGACUCGGCGCAGAGCUAUCGCUUCCCGGCAUUUUCUCUUGACUUCCUCAGGUCUGAAAGUGAUCGUGCGUUCGCCGCAAUGGCUGAUCACACUUCUCCGGACUACUUUAGCUGUACACUAUGCGUGAACCUCCUAAGGGACCCUGUGGCUAUUCCUUGUGGCCACAGUUUCUGUAUGGACUGCAUCAGUGGAUACUGGAAUGAAGCGGACUACACGGGUAUUUAUAUUUGCCCUCAGUGCAAGAUCACCUUCACCCAGAGGCCUGUGCUACGGCCCAACGCUACACUCAGCAUGGUGGCUGAAAAGAUCAAGAAGAGCGGUCUGAAUCUCAAUGUCCACUUGCCCCAAGGGAACGGCUAUGCAGGACCAAGCGACGUCCCCUGCGACUUCUGCUCUGGGAAGAAACUCAAAGCCGUCAAGUCCUGUCUGAACUGUUUGGCAUCCUACUGUGAGAAACACCUGAAGCCCCACUAUGAAUCAGCCACAUUCAAAAGGCACAAGUUGGUGGACGAAUUGGGAAACCUGGACAGGAAGAUCUGCCCUCAGCACCAGAAGUCUUUGGAGCUCUUCUGUCGAACCGACCAGAUGUGUAUCUGUGCCCUCUGUACAGUCAGUGAACACAAAGGCCACGACAUUGUCUCCGCCGAGGCCGAAAGGAGUGAAAAACAGAAACUCUUGGGAAUCUCCACAUCAGAGAUCAGACAAAAAUGCCAAGAACGUGUAAAGGAGCUGGAAGAGUUGAAGACCGCAGUGGAUUCACUAAAAAAUUCGGCCCAGCGAGCUAUGGUGGAGAGUCAGAAGAUGUUCGAGGACAUGAUUCGUUCCAUCGAAAGGAUGAGGUCAGAGGUGACCAAGCUGAUUGGGAUCAACGAGAAAGCUGCAUUCAACCAAGCCGAAGCUUUGAUCGAGCGUUUGGAACAGGAGAUUGAUGAACUGAAGAAAAAGGAGUCAGGAUUGAAGCAGCUUUAUAGUACAGACGACCACAUCCACUUUUUGCAGAACUUCAACUACCUUUGCACCCCCACUGAUGAUGGCUUCAUACCAAAGGUGACGGUCAACCCUGACUUUUCCUUCGGAGCUGUCAGGAAAGCUGUGGCCGAGAUCAAGGAACGUCUAGAAGAGUUUGGUAGGGAAGAGCUGCUGAGGAUCUCCAAGACGGUGAAUGACGUUCCGGUUUAUACAACAGAAAGUCGAACACUGGACAGGAGGAGCAGAGGUAAAGACCACAACAUGACAACAGUGGACAAUACACAUGCUACACCAGAGCCAAGAAGCAGAUCAGAUUUUGUCAAAUACUUCUGCCAACUGAAGUUAGAUCCGGUCACAGCUUACAAAGAGCUGUACAUCUCUGAGCACAGUAGAAAAGUCAUCCGAACCAGGGAUCUGCAACCUUAUGGAGAAAACCCAGAGAGGUUUGACAGUUUUGCCCAAGUUCUAUGCCGGGAGGGUCUCUCCGGGGGGCGAUUCUACUGGGAAAUCGAGUGGAGCGGAGAAUUCUCCAUCGGCGUGGCCUACAAAGGCAUCAGCCGUAAGGGUAAAGGUUCCUUGUGUCUGCUGGGCUACAAUGACAAAUCCUGGAGUCUCCUCUGCUCUGACACGGGUUACUCAGCCUGGCACAACAGGGUAGAUAAAGCAGUCAGCGGCCCUCACUCCCCGAGAAUAGGCGUAUACUUGGACCACAGUGCAGGCACAUUGGCGUUUUAUAGCAUUGGAAGCAGUAUGACCUUGCUGCACCGGUUCGAAACCACCUUCACUGAGCCCCUUUAUCCUGGCUUUGGAGUCGGAACCUCUGUCAAAAUCUGCAACAUCAAGUGAACAUUUUGAGAAAAUUUUGCUUAUAUCAUGCUUUUGGAACAUCUUCAUUAGUCUGAAAUUGAUAAUGUUACAAUGUUUAAUACUCUUUUUUUGUCACUCAAAUGUGCAAACUAUCAUAUACUGUACUAUACCUCUGCAUUUUGUUGUCAAUUUACUGUAACUCCAAAGAUCACUGCCACAAAAGGCCUUCAAUGCCUAUUAACACCUCUAGUUACAGUGUAUGUCACAUCCUGAUAUUUCAUAUUUAUCUUGUCUCAGAGGGUGUGCAAAAUGCUAUUUUUUAAUGAAACUAGCUGCAUUGUCACAACCAUCUCUGUGACUGUAAUCCCAACCAAAUGUAAAAUAUAUAUCUUUUCACCGUUUCACUAACCCUUUAUUUAAUGUUAUGCAUGUUUACUUACAGUUUAAUGAAAUCCCAUCAAUACAAUUGUUAUCCAGCACAUUUUUUUUUUCAUUUCGUAAAGAUUUAUAGUUUUGAAUAAAGAAUUACACUAAAAUGUUAGUUUUUCCUGUUG